AUGGCUGCCCCCGACAUCUCAUCUUCCAUACCAAAUGCAUUGCGCCUAGUACGUCGUAUGGGUGGCACUCCCCCGUCCUUCUCCGACUAUCCUCACUCCUUCUCCAUCCCAGGCCACACUCUUGAUGAUGCACAUGCAUUUGUGAAAGCCAUGCAAGCAACUGUCCUUUGGAUCCAUCAAAAAACCACUCGCAACGACCUGGACACUGUCACACCAGAUCAACCCAAACCCAUUGGCCAACGCACCGAACACCUAUUCAAGAUUGAAUAUCGAUGCCCCUGCUAUGGCCACCAUGAACCAACUCCCAACUCACAAAAGAAGGUCAAAUCACGCAAGAUUGGUUGUACAGCCCGAUUUACUGUGUCCCACCAUGUUCUAACCAAAUCACUCCGUGUGGUUUGGUGGUGGGACCACAAUCAUAACCCUUAUUCACAUGAGGAUAUGGCCAUGCAACGCCGACCCCAUGUGGUGAAUCAGUGGCUGAACAAGCAGGUUGUUGCAGGCCUCGGAUGGCAUGCCAUAGAGAAGCUCCUUAGUUGCCCGGAUCUUUUUCAGUUGGAUGAAUCGGUCGCUGUCAGAGAGGGAUGUUACAUUCGAUACGACCACGUCAGGCACCUCAUCCGCAAACGAAUCAAGGUUUUGUCCAAGAAGCACGACAACGUGUUCAGCUCACUUCGUAUAUGGAACUCCGAUCUCGCCAGCCAGGGGUGGAAUACGUUCCUUCCUUUCCAGGAGUCCUCCGAUGAUUGGUUGUUCGCAUUUCAAUGCCCUUGGCAAAAGGAAAUGAUGAUCACCUAUGGCACCGGUAUGCUAAUGGUUGACGCUACCCACAACUCGGUCAGCAACUACUGCUUUUCGGAUGGCCGAAAGGGAUCCGGUUGUUGGCAAAGGCCUCCCUGUCUGCUGGGCUUUUACAGCUUCGGAAUCGGCAUAUGGUAA